CUCACAACAUCAGACACCCUCGCCCAGGUGACCCAGCCGGGGUUGAUCAAGCCCCGACUUGCGUCCAAGCAGCAAACGCCCACGGAUCACGAAUAACUACUCUGAAGGGGUUAGGAGAUUGUAGUGUGUGGAGGGACUGGGCUCUGUGGGAUGAGUCCUGGCCGGGCUCCUCCUGCGUCUCACCAGGUUCAAGGCCUGUGCGCUGCACCUCUUUCUCCUUCUCUGAGCAUUUCAUUCUUGCCUGAUCAAUUUUUAGGCCAUGGUAGCUCAUUAGGCCUUCCGUAACUUUUUUGGAGACUUGCUCAUGAAAGACACAGACUGGGGUGCUAACCCAGCCUUUCCUGGGUGCCGUCAACUGUCUCUCCUGUAGUCAACCAAACUAUUCUUGGUUGUCACCCAGUCUAUUCCUAGGUGCCAUUGGCUGAGCCAGACUUCAGUGUGAAAAAUAUACAUCUUCCAGAUGUGCUGGGACACAUCCUCAGUGAUGUGAUCUGGGAUCAUCGGGUGUUUCGGAUCUCACAACAUCAGACACCUUGGCCCAGGCGACACAGCCGGGGUUGAUCAGCCCCCGACUUGUGUCCCAGCAGCAAACGCCCACGGAUCAGCCUUCUUAAUAACUACACUGCAGGGGUUGGGAGAUUCUAGUGCGUAGAGGGACUGGGCUCUGUGAGGCUCUUCCUGGCCGGCCUCCUCCUGCGUCCCACCAGGUUCAAGGCCUGUGCGCUGCAGUAAUGCAGGAACAAGUUUUGAAUGAGCACAAUGCAUAUACGCCUACUAACAUGCACGCACUGUCAAACACUUACCCCAAGCUUGUAUGGUGUGGGUUGGCAUUCAGGGUGUGGGAUGGCAGUGUUGAUGGGAACAUGGGGAGAAUAAAAAUUGGGAUAGUGUAGCUAGGUGUUUGAUGGCCAGCAUGGAGUCAGUAGGCGGAUGGGCCUGUUUCCUUGCUUCAAGUUUAUAACUUUUCCCUGUACGCUUCCCCAGCUACCUCCCUCCUGGAAAUGACUUCAGUAUCCAACAAUAUAACGAUUUCUGCCUUGAAUAUACUCACCAAUUGCCUCCUGAGGAUAAAAUGCCUAAUAUCUGACAAAGGAUCUUUUGAGUGAAUCUUAAUCAAAUCUAGAUUUUAACAUUGAGAAUUAAAUUUAAAAUGACAACAAAGUUGUGCCACUGUUUUAUAAAAUAUACAUGCUGGUACAGGAUGUGUUUAAGAUUGUUAAAUAAGUACAUCAGAGAGGGAACCGAUAGGACUGGGAGAAAGGUUUGAGUGGGCCUUUAAGAAUGACUGGAACCAAGUGGAUUGAAUGGUCUGUUUCUGUGGUGUGAAUUCAAUGAAAACAAGAACUAUGGAAGUGCAAUUUAAUGGGAGAUCGAUUGUACAAUGAAGAGUGAAUGAGUGGAGUACAAUAGGUUGCAAAAAUUGGUUAGUACUGGGAACGUGUACAAUACUUCAGGGCCAUUGCAAAGUAAAGAACUCCAGUUCUGCAGAGUGUUUCCUUUGGUCCAAGAACAGAUUUGGAAUGUGUGUUAUGAUGUCACAAAUGUAGCAUGCCAUGAUACCAUGGUUACCAGUUUUCAAAGUAAACACCUGCAGAAACUGGAGAAAGCCAGAGGCCAGAAAUGUUUGGGAGGUGCUUUGGUGAAAAGCAUGGUGAUCACUCCUAGGGAGCUAUAAGGCAUUUGACAUCACUGCCUCUCAAUCAUUCAAACAUGGAUAUGCUAUAUUUACCCCACACGAGGAGCGCUGUUCAUGGCAGUGUUACAAUGUUGCCACCACAUUCUAUUGAAGGCUCCAAUUUGAGUAUAAACCAGUUAGUAUCUGAAAGCAAAACACCAAGUAAAGGCUCUUCAGCUGGUAAAAACAGAUAUUCAGCCAGGCAAUCAACAGCUACCAGCAUCAGCGCCAAGGAAACCGGAGUCCUUAAGCGUUUCAUGGGAUUUCCAAAGGAACAAGGAAAAGAAAAAGUUGAAGAACAAGACGUAGGCCUUGAAGGGAGUAUUUCACUUGCAGUUGUGGAUGAGCCGGUUGGUUGCUUAGCUUUUCAUAUUAAACACUGCAAGGACUUUGCGAAUACCUUGGUUUUGAAGAAGCGAAUGCAACUGACAAUCCGAAUCACAGUAGGACGCACCAUGAAGUGCACCACCCCGCAUCAUAUAAAGGAACUCUUGAAGAUGAAGAAGUCAAAAAUUACUAUACCUUUUGAAGAGGUCAAGUACUUCAUUGCACAGAUUCCGAAGCAGAAGAACGAUGAGAGAAACAAAAUCGCAGUUGAGCUUGUGGGAGUUGAACGAUUCAGUGACGCACAGAGACUUCUGGGUCAAACCUAUCUUCAUUUAAUUGACAUUAUAAAGAAAGGUUCAGUCUCGGAAACCUGUGAACUGGGUAUCAAGAAUCUGCGUGUCUGCAAUCUUGACAUGUCGAUAGACUUUUCCUAUGGACACUUUGGAUAUGGUUAUUCUAAUCAGCUGCGACAAGUGGAAAAAGAUAAAUCGGGCAUCAAUGAGAAUUCCCUUUUUCUCCGAAUCCCCCCAUUAGAGAACAGGAAGGAUGAAGUCAACAACGUGAUUACCUAUCAGACCAUGCCAUACCCAAUGUUCCUGCCUGAGGAGCUUCAGGUAUCGGUUGGCGGCCUUGGGAGGGAGAGAGAGAGGGAAACCGUUGCAGCUGAGUCAUCUGAAUAUUUCACUAAGGUUCCUCGGAGAGUCUUGCAGCUCAUGAAGACAAGAAAAAGACUGGAUCUGCUGAGAAACGAAUACGAUAAGAAGAAAACUCAAGAACAGCGCAUUGAAUUCUUGGAACAGCUGAUUCUAAAGAGAACGGGGAAAUCUGGAAAAAUACUGAGAUCUGAGAGAAGAGAUAAGGCUUCAUCAUGGGUUGGUUCAGAAGAUAGAAGUACACUCAGCCACUUUACGGACCCGUCUUUGAUGUUGCUCUCUUCUGGGGAGUACUCUGCUGAAAUAGAACAAGGAGAAGGUUACUCAAGAUCUUGGGACGAACCUCAGAGUGCAGACCAAUCCCUCGAUUUAAAUAUCCCGAAGUCAGUACAGAUCAAAAUUCCUUCUGACAGCACGAUUUCAAGUAAUUCAUCAGUUGAUGAGAAAAAUGCGAAAGAAAGUCAACAGCAACCAUCCAACCCGUUGAUUGCCUCAAUCGUGGCGUUACACAGACCAUUUCUUAAAUUUAUGAAAAUGGUGCAGACAUUUAGGAAAAGUAUUACGCCUAGCGAUUUAGGAGGUACACCAGUUGCGCAAAGUGCAGUAAACCUUUUGAUACCUGAAUUAUGGAAUCGACAAUCUUUAUUGGGAGAAGACAGCAAAAUAAAAGAGAGCAGCUACAGACGGGGCAGAUCUACGCUUCAUUCUCCAGAAAUAACAAUCCAGGAAGAUAAGCAAGAUGGAAUGAUGAUAGAAAAAGGAAUAAUAAAUCAAAUUGAUAGCACUUUUAUACCAAUGAGCACACCAACCACGUUCCCUGUCCUAGACAAAACACUUGGGACGAAGGAAAAUGCAACCAUUAUUGAUUUCCAUGAUGAAAUCUUCAAGAGGGUACCAAUCCAGUUACAUCUCCCCUUUCCCACACUCAAAAGCAUUGUGGACCAGGAAAUCAAAAACAAGCAUUCACAGAACAAAGCUAUGAUGAACCUUGAUGAAUCGAUGGAAAUUAUUGGUGGUUUACUUACAACCAGUCUUGCUGAAACUGUAAGUGAAUCAAAAAAAAAUUCAACAAAUGAAAUCCCAGAUGAAAGACUUCCCCAAGCAAUGUCUGAAGAAGAAUAUGAUAUAUCCCCUACUACCAAAAGUAAACAGGAUGUUCCAUCAAGAAAAAGUUCCGUAAUAGAUACAGAAGGUAGCAGUGAUCAACAAAUAUCUAUCUCAAGUCCAAUAAGUGUGGUAUACCCAAGCACAAUAGAAUCUUCAAGUUCCAAGGAAGACAGUACUAUCUCCUUAACAGAGCGCCUAAUUAAAUCUACUCAACAUUUUACUGGUUCAAUAAACAUUGAAGAUACUUCAUCAUUUACAGCCGUAUUGGAGGCAAGUUCUAAGGUUAUCACAGUGUUUGUCAAAAGGGGAAUACCAUCCCACACAAGAGGAGGAAGUUAUUCAUAAAACAUCCCACCGCAAAACUGAAGCACCCAAAUUGAUGCAAUUUUUUCUAUAUUAGAGCAGAAAGAAGGUCUUCAGUGGCCAAUGUAAUCUGCAUUAUUUUAGAAUUUAUGAAUGAUGAGAUAUUUUGCAUCUUAAUCCAUUGAGUUGUAGAUUUUACUGAUUUUAUAGAACCAAACCCAAUUACAAUUGUGGAAAUAUUGUUCACAAAUUUGUGGGUAAUCCCUUCAACGUAGAAUUAUGAUUUCUCUUAUUGUAUCAUUCCAAUGCCUAUAAUAGUACUAAUAAUGGGACCAAUAAUAAUUUGCCCUCCUCUGGCCAUCUUCACCAGAAAGCUGUGCUUUGAUCUGAAGGAAGAAAAUUGCAUAAGACUUUAAUUGACUAGUUAGAAAGUCAUUCCACUGGUUCAAUAUCAUCACUGUGCUUCUAAGAAACUAAAUCUAGUUAAAGAAUUUUAAAGAUGAUUUAUGUGGGGAACUAGAUUUUCUUGGUGUUGUUGUCUCAUGUCUGGGACUGAGAGGUCACAUCCAAUCUAGAGUGUUGAGAAACUAUCCAUAGAAUAGACACAGCAGAUAUUGUGUGGAAAGUAUGAUUGGUUUGAAAUUUAGAAAGUGGCACAUUUUAGAUACAGAAGAAGCAAGUAUGAUUUUCCAUGUUAUGUAUUCUCUUCAGGGAUGGUUUUCAAAUUGAUCUGUGUGUGCUUGAUGCUAACAAUUGGGUUUCUUUAAUAGAUUAAGUUGUCCUUGUAAAUAAUCGAUGAAUCAUAUAUAACCAUAUAACAAUUACAGCACAGAAACAGGCCUUCUUGGCCCUUCUAGUCCGUGCCGAACACUUAUUCUUCCCUAGUCCUAUCUACCUGCAUUCAGACCAUAACCCUCCAUUCCUUUCCCGUCCAUAUACCUAUCCAAUUUAUUUUUAAAUGAUAAAAUCGAACCUGCCUCUACCACCUUCACUGGAAGCUCAUUCCACACAGCUACCACUCUCUGAGUAAAGAAGUUCCCCCUCAUGUUACCCCUAAACUUCUGUCCCUUAAUUCUCAAAUCAUGUCCUCUUGUUGAAUCUUCCCUACUCUCAGUGGGAAAAGCUUAUCCACAUCAACUCUGUCUUUCCCUCUCAUCAUUUUAAAGACCUCUAUCAAGUCCCCCUUAACCUUCUGUGCCCCAAAGAAUAAAGACCUAACUUGUUCAACCUUUCUCUGUAACUUAGUUGCUGAAACCCAAGCAACAUUCUAGUAAAUCUCCUCUGUACUUUCUCUAUUUUGUUGACAUCUUUCCUACAAUUUGGUGACCAAAAUUGUAUACUCCAGAAUUGGCCUCACCAAUGCCUUGUACAAUUUUAACAUUACAUCCCAACUUCUAUACUCAAUGCUCUGAUUUAUAAAGGCCAGCACACCAAAAGCUUUCUUUACCACAAUAUCUACAUGAGAUUUUACCUUCAGGGAACUAUGCAGUUAUUCCUAGAUCCCUCUGUUCAACUACAUUCCUCAAUUCGCUACCAUUUACCAUGUACGUCCUAUUUUGAUUUGUCCUGCCAAGAUGUAGCACCUCACACUUAUCAGCAUUAAACUCCAUCUGCCAUCUUUCAGCCCACUCUUCCAAAUGGUCUAAAUAUCUCUGUAGACUUUGAAAAUCUACUUCAUUAUCCACAACACCACCUAUCUUAGUAUCAUAUGUAUACUUACUAAUGCAAUUUACCACACCAUCAUCCAGAUCAUUGACGUAUAUGACAAACAACAGUGGACCCAACACAGAUCCCUGAGGCACCCCACUGGUCACUGGCCACCAACCUGACAAACAGCCAUCCACCAUACUGUUGAAUCCAUCUCGCUACUCCACCAUUAAUACCCAACAAUUGAACCUUCAUAACCAACCAUCCAUGUGGAACCUUGUCAAAGGCAUUACUGAAGUCCAUAUAGACAACAUCCACCGCUUUACCCUCAUCAAUUUCCCUAGUAACCUCUUCAAAAAAUUCAAGAAGAUUAGUCAAACAUGACCUUCCAGGCACAAAUCCAUGUUGACUGUUCCUAAUCAGACCCUGUUUAUCCAGAUGCUUAUAUAUAUUAUCUCUAAGUAUCCUUUCCAUUAAAUUGCCCACCACUGACGUCAAACUAACAGGUCUAUAAUUGCUAGGUUUACUCUUAGAACCCUUUUUAAACAAUGGAACAACAUGCACAGUACGCCAAUCCUCCGGCACCAUUCCCGUGUCUAAUGUUUCAUUUGAAAUAUUUCUGUCAUAGCCCCUGCUAUUUCUACACUAACUUCCCUCAAUGUCCUAGGGAAUAUCCUGUCAGGACCUGGAGACUUAUCCACUUUUAUAUUUUUCAAAAGUGUCCGUACUUCUUUGAAUCUCAUAGUUUCCAUAGCUACUCUACUGGUUUCCCUUACCUCACAUAAUUCAAUAUCCUUCUCCUUGGUGAAUACCGAAGAAAAUAAAUUGUUCAAUACCUCCCCCAUCUCUUUUGGCUCUGCAGAUAGCUGUUCACUCUGACUCUCUAAUGGAUCAAUUUUAUCUCUCGUUAUCCUUUUGCUAUUAAUAUAGCUGUAGAAACCCUUUGGAUUAACUUUCACCUUAUUUGCCAAAGCAACCUCAUAUCUUCUUUUAGCUUUUCUAAUUUCUUUCUUAAGAUUCUUUUUACAUUCUUUAUACACCUCAAGCACCUCAUUUACUCCAUGCUGCCUCUUUUUCCGAACCAAGUGUCCAAUUUCCCUUGAAAACCAUGGCUCUUUCCAAUUAUUACUAUUUCCUUUCAACCGAACAUGGACAUAAAGAUUCUGUACUCUCAAAAUUUCAUCUUUAAAUGUCAUCCAUUUCUCUUCUACAUCCUUCCAUAAAACAAAAAUGUCCCAAUUCACUCCUUUUAAAUCCUUUCGCAUCUCCUCAAAGUUAGCCUUUCUCCAAUCAAAAAUCUCAACCCUUGGUCCAGUUCUGACCCUCUCCAUAAUUAUAUUGAAACUAAUGGUAUUGUGAUCACUGGACCCAAAGUACUCCCCAACACAUACCUCCGCCAUCCGACCUGACUCAUUUCCUAACAGGAGGUCCAGCACAGCCCAUUCUCUAGUAGGUACCUCUAUGUAUUGCUGCAAUCAGUAAGGCAAACAGUUCUAAAGUCAGAAAAUGUGUACAUGGAGAUAUAAGAGGCUACAGAUUAUGGAAUCUUAAGCAAAAAAAAACAAACUGCUGAAGGAAUUCAGGCAGCGUCUGCAGUGGGAAAUGGACAGGCAACAUUGAAAAAUAGUCCUGAACCAAAAUAUUGUCUAUUUCCACUCCACAGGUACUGUGUGGCACCCUGUGAUCCUCCAGAAGUUCGAUUUUUGCACUAUAUUGUACAUGGCUGCUCCCAUCAGUGUAGGAGCUUUAUGGAUAUUAAAAAUACUGUAAUGGCAAUUUCAAACUUUUCCAAUGUCCAUCUUUCCGUUGCCAUUACUACACAUGCAGGAUGGUGUGAUCGUAAGCAAACAAUAAAGAAAACAGAUCCUCCCGUCUUUAUUUCCAGUUUAAUUAAUUCUUUAUUGAAGUAGUUGUACAAACAGAGAUGAUUCAUACCAAGUAUUCCUUAUUCUCAUACAAGCAGUAUAUUUACAUUUUCUCACUCUCUCCCUCUCUUCUGGUAAGAAUUGUAUUCUCUCUCCAUGCCCGCUCCAGUCUGAUCUGGCCACUCCCUCUCCUGGUAUUAUAUAUGUAACAUUCAUCUACUUAUCAAAAGCGUACAAAAUAAUACUGCUAGAAAUAUCUAGACAAAAUAAUAAUAUAAUAUGCUAACAGUAACUAGCCAAAGCAUGAAUGACUCCUACAAAUGCUGUAUCCAUGGGUAUAGAAACUACAACAGUUAUUAUUCUUGUAUUAUUACUGACAAUCAACUCUAUAUUUUUCUAGAAUAAUCA